AGGGGGCGGAUCCCAUUCCCACCUCGGAGCCGGAUGUUUGCCGAGCAUUGACAGGCGUGGCAAAGGGAGCACUGCCUGAACGCGAAUUUCCCUUCCAGGCUUCAUCCACCCAUUGACCAGCAGAUAAACAUCCGGGCUCAGAGAAGGUGGCAGAGGCAGGCUUCUCUUCGGGUUCUCCUUAGUCAUGGACCCUCUGUCAGAGCUGCAGGAUGACCUGACCCUGGAUGAUACCAGCCAAGCUCUGAACCAGUUGAAGCUGGCCUCUAUCGAUGAGAAGAACUGGCCUUCCGAUGAAAUGCCGGACUUUCCCAAGUCAGAUGACUCCAAAAGCAGCUCUCCAGAACCUGUCACACACCUCAAGUGGGAUGACCCUUACUACGACAUUGCCCGGCACCAGAUCGUGGAAGUAGCAGGUGAUGAUAAGUAUGGGCGGAAGAUCAUUGUAUUUAGUGCUUGCCGGAUGCCCCCCAGCCACCAGUUGGACCACAGCAAGCUCCUGGGGUACUUGAAACACACACUGGACCAGUAUGUGGAGAGUGACUACACACUCCUGUACCUGCACCAUGGCCUGACCAGUGACAACAAGCCCUCCCUCAGCUGGCUACGGGAUGCCUACCGAGAGUUUGACCGCAAGUACAAGAAGAACAUCAAGGCUCUGUACAUCGUGCACCCGACCAUGUUCAUCAAAACUUUGCUCAUCCUCUUUAAGCCCCUCAUCAGUUUCAAGUUUGGACGGAAGAUCUUCUACGUGAAUUACCUGAGUGAGCUGAGUGAGCACGUGAAGCUGGAGCAGUUGGGGAUCCCUCGCCAAGUGCUGAAGUAUGAUGAUUUCCUCAAAUCCACACAAAAGAGCCCUGCAACAGCUCCCAAGCCCAUGCCACCGCGGCCCCCCCUGCCAAAUCAGCAGUUUGGGGUCUCCUUACAGCACCUCCAGGAGAAGAACCCAGGCCAGGAGCCCAUUCCCAUUGUGCUCAGGGAGACAGUCGCCUACCUGCAGGCUCAUGCUCUCACCACCGAGGGCAUCUUCCGGAGGUCUGCUAACACCCAGGUUGUACGGGAAGUGCAGCAGAAAUACAAUAUGGGGCUGCCUGUGGACUUCGACCAGUACAAUGAGCUGCACCUGCCGGCCGUCAUCCUCAAGACAUUCCUUCGGGAGCUUCCGGAACCCUUGCUAACUUUUGACCUCUACCCCCACGUUGUGGGCUUCCUCACUAUUGAUGAAAGCCGGAGAGUGGAGCUAACACAGCAGGUUCUUCAAACUCUGCCGGAGGAGAACUACCAGGUGCUUCGUUUCCUGACUGCCUUCCUGGUGCAGAUUUCUGCCCACUGUGACCAGAACAAGAUGACCAACACUAACUUGGCUGUAGUCUUCGGCCCUAACCUGCUCUGGGCUAAGGAUGCUGCCAUCACCCUCAAGGCCAUUAAUCCCAUCAACACCUUCACUAAGUUCCUCCUGGAUCACCAAGGGGAAUUAUUCCCCAGCACAGAUGCCCAGGGGGUCUGAGCUCAGCCCCCACCUCCAGCCCCUUCUCUGGCAGCCCGAGUUGGACAUGUCCUCCUGGCAUUAACCUUACUGGAGUCCCGGGCUCUUGCCUAGGAAGGGGCCCUGAACCCCAGGAGAUGGAAGUCGGAACCCACUAACUGGGAAGCCCCUCCUAUCCCUCUCCAUCCAACCUUACCGGCCCUGGAGGCCUCUGUUACCGUAAGACAUUUUCUUUGCCUUAUACCUCUCACUGCCUCUCUGGUUGCUGGGCUUGGCUCUUCUAGGAUUCAGCCACAGUAAACCUUUUCCUUUGUCCUGUUUCCCUGGCAACUGUAGAAGGCUACAUCACUGCCGGCUGUGCUGGUAGCUGGGGCUGGUCCUCUCAUUCCUGAUUGCUAGGAAGUGAGCGUUGGCUUGUGUGCCUCCUUACUCAUAGGGAUGACAAGACCAGAGUUGGCCAGUCAUUUCUGCCUCCUGGGUCUGUCCUUCCCCAAGUGGUACUGCCCCCAGUGUGUCCUAGUCCCUUAUUUCUGCCACACUUGUUACCUUGGAUACAAGACUCAGAAUCUGAGCAUCAAUUGAAAUGGCCCUGUCCAGUCCCAGGGAGAGCCGUAGUGUCUAGUAGGAUGUGUCAGCAGUCCUGGCCCUCCAUGCCUUCCCUGCAUUCUCAUGUGCACAGAUGUUCAGCCAAAGGCCAUAGUAGGUCUUUCUGGUGUGGAGUUACUUUGAUCCCUUUUCUAGCCAGAGAUACUAAUGCCUCAGGACCCAUGGUAGAUCUCACCUUCUGCCUGGGAACUCUUGGAGAGCUAGAGCGCAGAAUCUCUUAAGACCAACAGAGGUUUUACUAAUAGAUCAGCCCAGCUGGGUCGGUUCUAGCAGCUCCCUUAGGGGAGUAUAGUGGCCCCAGCCCUCCUGUCUUUCAGAAAUCCUGAGCCCCAGAGAGGAUUGGUAGCUUUCAUUCUGUUCCUAAUGAAGCCUUGUGACCCUCUUCCCAAAGUCCACUCCCUAAUGGCAGGGAGGUACCUGCAGUGACCCUGUCCUACUAGUGUGGCCAGGCAUGAGAGCUCCAGAGAUGGUCCUGGUGGCUACUGUGGGAUCUGUACUGAGCUCUUGUAGAUGAGGCUGGGUGUGACCUCACUGGCUCUUUCCUGCACCACUGUUGUCUCAGGUCUCUGGUGCCUCAAGCGCUGCUGUCAGUCCCUGGUCUCUCACCUGACCCAGCUUAAGCCACUCUGCUUUUGCCCACAUUUUUUUUUUUUAUCAAGUGUUGCUACACUCCAUUAACUGAGGAGCCUUUUGGACCUCUUGUUUUUCUCCUUCCAUGGCCCUGUCAGUCUGUGGCUGGGACUGCUCUUACUGGGAAUCCAAUGUUCACAUACACCACAAUUUCCUUGGCACCAAUCAUGUAUUUUACUGUUUGCACUUUUUGUAUUUCAAUAAAAAUGUAAAUGAAAAAUA